GUGUAAAUUGGUUAAAAAUACAACUACUGGACUCAUUUUUAAAGCAACAUGUGAGCAGCUUUGAGACUUCAGCCAUUUCUGUAAAUGUUCUCGCAGCAGAUUUAAUCUGACUUCCUCACUGCGGCUGUGACAGCAGGGCGCACCCACUGCUGAGCAGUUCACGUACCUGCGCUCACUCGACAGUCACCACAUGAGCAAAAGGCUCAGUGGCUCAACAUGGCGAGGUUAAGCGAGCACGGGAUUCGCCUCAGUUCCAUGAGCCCUUCCUUCCUGAACAGCAACUCCACAAGUCACACUUGGCCGUUCAGCGCGGUGGCUGAACUAAUAGACAAUGCGUCAGACCCUGGUGUGUCUGCCAAACAAAUCUGGAUAGAUGUUGUUAAUGAAGAAGAUCAAAUGUGUCUCACUUUCACUGACAAUGGCAGCGGCAUGACCCCCAGCAAACUGCACAAGAUGCUCAGCUUUGGCUUUACAGAAAAGGGCUCAGGUAAGGCCAGUCUGCAGGCCAUUGGCGUGUAUGGGAACGGCUUCAAGUCUGGCUCUAUGCGCCUGGGCCGCGACGCUCUCAUCUUUACCAAGAACGGUGGUUGUCAGACUGUGGGCAUGCUUUCCCAGACCUACCUGGAAAACAUCAAAGCCCAGGCUGUCAUCGUCCCCAUAGUUCCCUUUAACCAGCAAACCAAGUCGCUGGUCGUUACGGAGGACUCAGAAGCCAGCCUGGCAGCAAUCUUACAACAUUCCAUCAUCAAAUCCCAGGAGCAGAUACAUGCUCACUUCAACUCCAUUCCCUCCAAAAAAGGCACCAAGAUUUUAAUCUGGAAUAUUCGCAGAGCCAAAGAUGGUAACACAGAGAUCGACUUUGAGACUGAUGAUACUGACCUUCGUUUGCCUGAGAUUCAGAUUGAAGAGCUGAAGAAGGGUCUGCGGAACAGUGGAUCUUUGAGACCUGAACAGAAUAUCCCAGAUAUGCAUUAUAGUCUCAGGGCCUACCUCAGUAUUUUGUACCUGAAGCCAAGGACUCAAGUCAUACUGAGGGGGAGGAAGAUUCUGGCCAAACUUGUUGCAAAGAGGCUGACUCAUAUUGAACAUGAUGUGUACAAACCUCAGUUCAGUAAAGAGAAGGUGAAGGUGACUUUUGGGCUAAACCCUAAAAGGGACCACUAUGGCAUCAUGAUGUACCACAAGAACCGACUCAUCAAGGCUUAUGAGAAAGUAGGCUGCCAGCUGAAGACUUCAGGUCAAAGGGCAGGGGUUGGCGUCAUCGGCAUCAUUGAGUGCAACUUUCUCAAACCAGCUCAUAACAAACAAGACUUUGAAUACACCAAAGAAUACAGACUCACCCUUAGUGCUUUGGGUUUAAAACUUAAUGACUACUGGAAAGAGGUGACGGAGAAGAAGGCCAGAGAGCGCGAGUUUCAGGCUUUAGACAAAGAUGACAAUGAAGACCAGCCAGUUUCUGACAAGAGUCCGAUGUGGUUACAGUGUGAAGAGUGUCUAAAAUGGAGAAGCGUCCCUGCAGGUCAUUAUAAGGUUACUCCCGAAAGCUGGACCUGCAGCCAGAACCCCAGUCCACGUUAUAGAAGCUGCUCAUCACCAGAGGAAGCAGAAGAGAGUGAGGAACUGUUAACACCAAGCUACCAGAAAAACCACAAGAAACUAGAGCAAUCCAGAAGUAGAAAACGUGAAAACUCAUUAGAGGGUUGUCAGUUUCAAGAAGAAAUGGCAAAACAUCUAAUCUUGUCACGUCGUUCAUCAGAGCCUUCCUUCCAGUCCACGCAAACACUUGAACAUGCCACCUCAGUAAUUAAGUCCCAUAUUAAAGAAAAGACAAUUGAACAUGAUGAGACAGACACACAUAACUUAACAAGUCAUCAUGCAGACACUCACACAAAUGUUGAUGGAAAUGUGAAUUCUGCCACAGACCCAAAAGAGAAGCCUAAUAAAAGAGACACAGUCAUUAAAGUUAAGAAUAAACUCGUACAGACACAAGCAGGGGUGGAAAAUAUUAAGAGGCUUGAAGACAAAGAUGGGGAAAUAAAGAUAAACACCUGCAUGGAGACAGUAGAACGGGAAAUGGAGCACAUAAACACUUUAAGCCUCAAAAGGAAGUCUGAAUCAUUAUAUCACUGUGUGAAAAAGAAGAAUUACUUUGGUGGAGAGCAGUCCGACUCAGGAAUUCCCAUAGAGGACAUGCAUCCUGAGAAACAAACGGACGCCUUCAAAAAUGACAGCAGCAACCCAGUUGAGAAUUCAGACUCUUUGCAGCAAACCCUCACCUCCCGCACCAGGAGCCACUCACUAAGAGCCACACAGACCGCUUUGGCAUCCUCACUGAGUGGAAGAGAUGGGCCACCAGGCAGGAUGCUGCCUCCAGAAGGGGAUGAUCGGGAGGCUAAAUUACUGAGGCUGCAUGCAUUAGAGAGAGAGGUUCAAAGGCUACGAAACCUUUUGGGUCAGGAUGUCAUAAGGACAAGUCAAGGCACAAUGACAACUGAUGAUAGUGAUGUUGCAAAGCCAAAACAAGGAAAAGUGAUCUCGACAGAACACACAGCAGAGGCUGGCUGCCAGACGGACAUGGCUGAGUGCUCCACCUCAGCCACUAACCCAGCCCCAGCUGCAGGGCUUCUGGGACUGCAAGUCCAGGGUCAGAGAGCCUCAUGUGAUCCAAAGGAUCAGUCUGAGCAGAACAGACUCCGGAAGGAGAAGACUGAUAGUCAGAGCAGGACGGCGCUGAGUGACAGCGAGGCCUGUGACAACACCAGGGUUACAUUUAUAUUCAGGGAAAGUAUUUCAAAAGGUUCUUUAGUAUCAGCAGAGCAGAACCUGCAUGACAUCCGUAAUAACGUGGUGGUGCUUCUUACGGCCCUGCUGCCCCAACUUGACCUGACAGACAUCAGUCUGGAAACGGCUGAUGUAGACAACAUCCUGCAGCAGAUCAUAGACGUUAACUCCCUGAAACUAUGAUAAGUGUACCUGCAAGUUCUAACAGUGGCUGUCAUUUCUCCUCAUGUUCAUAUGCAAAGUUUAAGCUGGUGAAAUUAUGUCUACAUAUAAAGCACAAUGUAACAGUUAUGCAUGUGUCAUUCUCUUAUAGUUCCAUUACUGGUAACCUAAUCAAUUUUUAUUCAUAAAGCACUUUUCAUUUGCUAGAAGCAUAAAGUGCUUUACAUAAUAAAAACAUUUGCAUAAUUAAAGAGAAACAUCAAUUAAAACACACCUACACACACACAUACACAUACAAAUGGUGCUCCCUGUUAAAAUCUAGAAUAUCAGAUAGAGAACGCAAAUGAUUUAUUCUGAUUGUAAUACCUCUCGCUCCAGCUGUCCCACAAUCCUGAAUUGGAAUAAGCGAUACAGUGAAUAAAUCAAUGAAUGAAUGAUUCUAAUACUAAUUCAAUGUGGGAGUCUAGAUUUAAAAUAUUCUAAUACCUCUGCAUUUCAAAUGACAGUUUUAUGUAUAAAAAUUAAGCCCCAACACUGACUACUAGCCGAAGUUUAUAUAAUACACCAGGUUUGCAAGCUAAGGUGGAGUAAUUCUUCUGCAAAAAAGCUGCAAAAAAGGCAGAAAAAAACAUAAUUUAACACAGUCUGAAUCUGCUUAUUAUUAUUAUUUUAUUUUUAUUUUUUACUUUGUUGUUCUAUUGGAGCAUUAUUCUGAGGAGAAAUCAUAGAGUGAACCUAUCUGCUGUAUAAUUUCCUCAAACUUAACAACAAUAAAACCAAAUUCAUUCUCAUUAGCACACCAACAGUUUCUCACUUUCUAUAGACAAGUCUUCAGUUUCCCCUUCCACUACAGUUAAGGGUUAGCACCUAAUCUUUUCAAGCCCACAUCAAGUAAUAUUACUCAGUCUUCAUACUUCCAUCUUCACAGCAUUAACCGCCUUCACCCCUCCCUCCCACAUCACUUCACUGCCGUCCUAGCCCACAGCCCGGUCACCUCCCAUCUUAAUUACUGUAACGCCCUUCUUUUUGAUCUAUCACAAAUCGCUCCAUAAACUUCAACUGGUCCAGAAUUCUGCUGCCUGGAUAGUCAAUAAAAACCCAUCCUCUUCCCACAUCACCCCUGUCCUACAACAGCUUCACUGGCUCCCCAUGAAUUUCCGUAUUCUUUUCAAAAGACUCCUUUUGACUUUUAAGGCCAUCCAUCAUCUUGCUCCUCCAUAUCUGUCCAUUCUGCUCCACACUGCCAUCCCUUUCUGUUCCCUUAGAUCCUCUUCCUCUCUUCAUGUAACUGUCCCAUCCCAUCACCUCGUUACCAUGAGGAGCAUGGAAUUCUCUUCCUCCUGACAUCUGUAAUGCUCCCUCUCUUUAAAUCUCUACUAAAAACCCACGUUUCAAACUCACCUACAACCUUCAACCCUUUUUCUCAUCUAUUUGUUUGCUGUAUUUUAAACUGUUUUACACCACUUUUUGUUUUAUGCACAUAGCUUCUUUGUUUUACUUUGAUUUCUUGGUUUUGUAAAGUGGCCUUGGGAUUCCUGAAAGGCUCUUUAGAUAAAAUGUAUUAUUAUUAUUAUAAAUAUAAGUCUUUUUAUCUGAAACUAUUUCAUAAUUCUAAUAUGUGUGAUGUUUUGCUCUUUUUUGUUUUACAUCUGUUUUUGUUGACUUUUAUAUACUGUAUUUGAUACAAAUUUGUUCAAUGUAUUCUGUUAAUGAGUGAUGGAGAUACUCAAUUGUUUACAAAUCUUUAAUAAACAAAACUUAAUGUUU